AUGUUCGCCGUUCUGAAGCUCGCCUUUAUAAGCGUGGCAGCUCUUGCCACGGUCGCGUCGGCUGAUGCUAUCCUCGACAAUCUCGCGCGCGAGGUGUCUCGGGUCGAGUCGAUUCGCGAAAUCAAAGACGUUCAGCGAUCCUUUGCACACCUUGCUCAGUUCGGUCGCUUCCACGAUGCCGCGACCCUCUUCACGACAGAUGCGACGUUUAUAUGGGGAAACGCCAGUGUGACUGGUCGAUCAGCGAUCGAGAACUUUCUGAAUGCUCACACGGGCGAAAUGAAUGGGAGAAAGUCGAGUUCACUGAACACGCUGGUGAUAGAAAAUCCUGUGGUGAGUCUCAGCGUUAAUGGGCAGAGUGCGAAAGCGCGCUGGAAUGGGCUACGAUUUGCAGGCGACAGUAAAGGUGGGUCGUGGAUCGAGGGCGGAAUAUAUGAGAAUCAGUAUGUGCGAGAGGAUACUGGAUGGCGCAUCGCUUCCUUACACUACUAUGCGUUGUACGAAGGCACAUAUGAGGAUGGAUGGAAAAAUGUGGGCGGUCGCGGAAUACCAGUCAUCCCAUAUCACUUCACGCCCGAGGGAUCCGGCUUACCUAUACCGACACCAGAAGGUGAUGCGCCAGAGACGAACGCUACACUUCGCGAUUUGGAAGUCAGGAUAGAAAGUCUCAACGAUGAAGACGAAGUCAGAAAUCUGAUGCAUGCACAUGGAUAUUACAUCGAUCGCCGAAUGUGGACCGAUGUCAUCGAUCUUCACACCACCAAGACGAAGGUCACGAUCACAGGUCAGGGGACCUACAACGGGCUUGAUGGCGUGAGGAAUGCGCUGGAGAGAAUGGGGCCCGAAGGCCUGACAAGAGGUGUGAACAACGACCACCCCAUCUUCGACAUGCUUGUCGAAGUCAGUCCUGACGGCCAGCGCGCCAUCGCGCGCGGCAUUGAAAUCGGCAUGCGCGGCGAUACCAAUAACAGAACAGCCUCCUGGGAGUUCAACGUCUUUCGCAACAAUUUUGUCAAAGAGACUGGGGUAUGGAAAGUGAAAGCGGUCGAGACGACACCCUUGAUAGUCGCAGACUACUACAAGGGCUGGAGCAAUGGCGUGAUCAACACUCCUACCGGGUACCUACCACCCUGGGUCAAUGUAGGGAGCUUUCGCGAAGCAAGCUUCCCACCGAGUAACGGUACCUCCAAUGCUACAGUUGUUGACCUAGAGAGAAAAUUACGCCGUUCCGCAGCCUACGACGGCACCGAGAACCAAUCCCACGCUUACGGCCACGUCAUCGACGACAUAGACUGCGCACGAAUGGGAGCACUCUUCGCAAGCCGCGGCCACAAGUCUUCCCCUUUCGCCGGCUUCUUCAUCACGCCCCAGCGCAUCACAGACGCUUGUUUUGCAUCAUACGGCACGAACCGCUCCACGAUACGCUCGAGCAUAUCCUUCCACUGGCGUCCUCAGCCAGUCAUCCUCGUCAGCCAUGACGGCCGCAGCGCAACUUUGCGCGCCCGCCUCCUUCAGCCGUCGACAUCUGUCUCGAAAGCAGGAAGUUUCAACUCCGCCAUGUACCACGACCAAGUCGUCCUCGAGAACGGUCGCUGGCGCCUCUGGAGCGUCACCAUCGAUGAGUUCUACUGGCAGUCAUCCUCAUGGGAAGCUGGCUGGGCGAAUCCCACGCCUCGCAAUGCGUCCCAGCCUGAUCCAGAGCCCGCAGGAUGGACCAAGAAGUUUCCGCCUGACGUGACAAUCGCGGAGGUGGGCGAACGGGAAGCCGGGUUUAGAGGCGGUGCGGGGAAGUUUGUGGAAUGGCCCGAGAUCCAGAGGAUGUGGUUUGGCUAUAGGAAUCUGGUGAGUGGAAGGGUGCCGAGCGGGGAGAGGCUGGGAUUUUGGGAGGGCUGCGUUCCGUGUAAAGUGAGGCCGGACUGGGCGUUGGAGGCGAAUGGGUGGGAGGAACCUGAGGCUGGACCGGUUGGGAAUAGGACGUUGAGGAUGGGAAGAUGAGUGAACGCGAGUCAACGCUCAUUGUUUGCUGUCCAAUCCAUCAUCAACCUCAUGUAUUACUCACUUUUACGGAACUCGCUGUGUCGGCAGAGUUCAAUGUGGUCAUAACACAGGGAUGGCAUGUGGGCACUGCACUCAACUGUAAAACAGAGGUCACGGC